AUGGAUCUAGCGCCCAUCCUGGAAGUACUGGACUUACUAGCACCAAGACUAGCUACGACGCAGUACUCUGUCCAGCCUGUUGACGCGACCAACACUGCCACAACCGCCUUCUUGACAACAACAACAGCUACAGAUGGUCAUGUCGUACCCUUUAUCUUCGUUCCUGCUGCUGCACUUGGCGCUGAAGCCGCUGGUGUUGCGGGAGCGGUAGGUGGAGCUGUAGGCGAAGGUGUAGGAAUCUUUGGCGGAUUUCUUGCGGAUCUUGGGCUGGGAGGCCUGGUUGAAGCCUUCCACUUUCCUUCACUUGCUGGAAUUGUCCUGGGUCAAGCUAUCGACUAUAAAGCAAGCCCGACUGCGACAGAUGACUCUCACACAAGCAAAACAACAAAGUCUACUUCGUCGACCUCAAGCACUUCGACAAGCACCAGCAGUAGCGCGCCAACUGCAUCGGCAACACCAUGGAUUGUCCAAUCAAAAUCCGGCACGUCGAAUUUCUUGUUCAAAAACCUUCUCAAGGAGAAGGUAGAGAAUUACGACUCGGGUACAUUCAUAUCCUUCCCGAAUUUUGAUCUUUUUAUUGUUUCGUUGAAUUCCACUACCGCACAAUCGCUCAGCGAGGAAAGCAUGGUGAGAUCCGUCGAGGAGAACAGUGUCAACGAGUCUAGUGACUUUGAGAAAGCUUCACCCUACAACGGAAAUGCAAAGAGGGAGGUGCUUAAGACAAGAGACCAGGCAGUGGAAAAGAGAGCUGAAACAGUGACCUUGACAGAGACUCCUGGUUUCGUCGCGACUGCCGCACCUCAGGCCGCUCACUUGUUUAGCCAGGUUGACUCGCCAGUUCACCUGAAGAUGUUAUCCGAUCCCAGCAAAGGCACCAGCAAAGACAAGGAUGUUCUGGAUUACACUUUCCAAUCUUCUCUAGGAAAGGGUACAUAUGUCUAUGUUUUGGACACGGGUGUCCGUCGGUCACAUGAGGACUUUCAACAAAAUCCUGUCGAAAAUGUGGCAACUGGCUAUGAUCCGAAAGACACAGAAGGUCAUGGAACUCGGAUGGCCGAUCUCGUCGGUGGUGCCUGGGCUGGUGUCGCUAAAAACGCUAAAGUUGUGAAUGUCAAGUUUGGUUCCUCAGACAUAGGGAACCCAGUGGAAUUGAGGUCAAGGAUAUACUCGGCCUGGGCCGCGAUACUGUCGGAUGUGGAGGGUAAUAAAAGACAAGGCAAGGCGGUAAUUAGUCUUUCCAGCGGCUGGGACUCCUACGUGAUGUACGCCAAUGGUGUCUUUUUGUCGGCAGAGGAGGAGGAGCAACGUCUAAAGUACACCAUUUUCAACACCUUACUUGAUGAGAGUUUCAAACUUGGAAUCACAGUUCUUGUCGCAGCAGGAAAUCAAGGCAAAUACGGGGUGGAUAUCAGCCAACGAGCACCUGCUGGACUAGCUCAGCCGGGAUAUUAUCCCGCCCUGAUCGUGGUCGGAUCGGUUAACUCCAAGGGAGUCAUCAGUCCAUUCACCAACAAAGACAAGGAGGGGGCGAUUACCAUUUAUACUAAUGGUGAGGAUAUCAUCGCCGCCGACUAUAGAUCAGACAAUGGCUGGUCUAUUGCAAGUGGCACCUCAGAAGCUACAGCCCAGGUUGCAGGUUUGGUGGCGUACUUCCUCGGGAGAUCUGACUUGCAAGAGAGACUGCAACAGGGUGGCCUUGGGCAGGUUGCGCAAAAUGUGAAGAAAUAUUUGAUCUCUCAAGGUCAACGGUAUACUAGCGGUGGACCGUUGAUUGCGAAUAAUGGAGAGCUUGUGGCUGUCCAAGCCGAGAUCCAGGGUUCAUCAUGCGAGUUCCAACAGGGAUCAUCCCAAAACGCACGUCGUGUCAAGAGAGAUGCAGGCUUCACGUUAUCAACGAUUGCAUUCACGAAGGAAUAUGAAAUGGUUUGCACAAGGUCGGUUACCUCGACGUCAUCUUCUACGCAGACGGCAUCGGUCACCUCUGAUAGUCACUCGUCAUCAACCGCGAGUGGACCAACUGAUACGAGCAAGGCCUCAACAAUAUCUGGAGAACUAACUAAGUCAACACAUUCAACGGAGACUAAACAAACCGAAGUCAGCAAGACAUCAACAUCUUCAACCAAGUCUACUCAUUCAACUGAGACCAAACAGACUGGAGCCAGUGAGACUUCAACAGCACAGAAGACCACAACCUUGGUGACAACGACAUCAACCAAGUCUAUCCAUUCAACCACAACCGGUCACUCCGAGAGUUCCACCUCUUCCUCAACAAAAUCAUCCGCAUCUUACCAACCAACCUCCAACACGCAUGGUACCAAUGUGAAUGUGAAUCGUGGAUGCAUUUCGGUCAACGACAGUCCACGUUGCGCGGGCAACGCAGCCUACAACGUCGCAUAUCAACAAACUUACAACUCCUCCGCGACUAUCUACGCUCAGUUCGAUGGCUCUGACUCAAAAGACGAAUAUGUUCGGCCUGGCUGUGAAUUGCGAGCGAAAUUUCCCAGCUCGUAUGGCGACGUGUACUUCGGAAGUGACAACUGUCUCUACGAUUCGGGCAGUAGUAAAAUCUUUGAUCAAUGCUGCACAGCAAAGGCUACUACUACAGUCCGCAACCCCUAUUACCAGACUCCAGUAUCUACGACUACCACCAGCACCACUAGCACCGCGCAAUCCGCACCGACCACGAAUCCGAAUCCGGCUGGAACCAACUUGCACAUCAACGGUGGAUGUGUCCUUGUAGAUGAUUCCCCACGAUGCGCCGGAAACGAAGGCACUAUCACCAAAGUCUAUUCCGGUGUCUACAAUAUCGGAUCCGAUCCGACCAAGUCUACCAGUAGCGCGGUGAUUCUCGCUGGAUUCAACAAGAAGGAUUACACCGAUAAGCAGCAAAAAGCUGGCUGUCAACUCAAUGCCGUUUGGCCAAGCGGCUAUGGCGACAUUUACUUUGGUGCGGACGGGUGUUUGUACGAUGGCGGGGGCAGCAGCAUUGACAGUCAAUGUUGUUCUGCGGCUGCAUUGUCCAACCAGGACCCUGUAACAAACCCCUACCAUGAUCCCCGGACUGUGGUCCGGCCUCGCUCUGAUUUCGGCUUUUCUCGCAAGUUAUUCCAUGUCAUCGAUAAUCUUCAUAAAUACUGCCAGCAGGCUCACCAUUUCCAUGAACGCGACUGUUAUGCCGUCAAGGAGGUUCGGGAUAUCCCAGAGGAGCUUUUCGAGGACGUAAAUCUGGAUGAUGAGGAAUCGAUCGGCUCAUGGGGGAGGCCAUGGCUGCGCAGCUCCCUGGCCGAGAUGUUGAUGCUGUCCGAAUCGAGGUCCCAGAUUCACUUAGUGAACGAGGAGAUGUUAAUAAAUAAAUAUAUCGCCUGCAAGAUAUACACAGGGGCACUAUCCACGUAUGCUGGACCGCAUUACAUCCAUCUUCGACGAAAGGGAAUUUCUCCUCAAGAGAGGGAGCUUGCUUGCUAUGAGAGGGAACGUUCCAUCCGCAACAGAGAAGUUACUCUGCAAACACGAACUGAGUCUUUUGAUGGAACGAGGGACACGCUCCUCCGAGGUCGAAACUCCGACUUUGUGAGUGGUUGGGAUGGACUGAAGCAUGCGUUCAAGAAAGAGAAUAUCAUGAUGGUGAACAUCGGGUUUCUUGGCUUCUAA